AUGGCAGAGGAGCAAACCAAAAGGCGCAGGCCGUUCAAAAAGUUCUUCUAUCGCGGAGUUGAUUUGGAUCAGUUGCUUGACAUGAGCUUGGAGCAAGUAGCUGUUUUAAUGCCUGCACGCAUACGAAGGCGAAUCAAUAGAGGUCUGCACAGAAAGCACUAUACUCUUCUGAAGAAGCUUAGAAAGAGUAAAAAAGAAUGUCCGUUUGGUGAGAAACCAGCAACGCACGUUAGAGAUAUGAUUAUUGUACCUGAAAUGAUUGGUUCGGUUGUGGGCGUUUACAACGGGAAGUCGUUCAAUACUGUUGAAAUUCGACCUGAAAUGCUUGGUCACUACCUCGGAGAGUUCUCAAUAACCUACAAGCCUGUGAAACAUGGAAGACCUGGUGUUGGUGCGACACACAGUUCUAGAUUUAUACCGCUGAAAUAA